AUGGACGCCUCUCUGAAAUGCUCAGUGAAAGCCGGGACAGCGAAGAUUCCUUUCGCAGUCGCAGAUGACACUGCAGGACUACAGCAGGAACUGUUGAAGCGGGUCGAUGUCAGCAAAAUACAAGCCCUUCAAUCUCAAGUGCAAGUGGUACUUCGGGCAGAGGCGAUCAGACUGGCAGAUCUUCGGCAUGUGACCCAGUGGUCGAAAGAUUUGCAGAAGCAGCUGCACCUUGACCAAGCAGAUCGUUUGGUUCGCGUUGGCUGGCCGUGUAAAGAGCUAGCACGCUGUGAACAUGUUCUGUGUAUGGUGGAUGCGUGGGAUGCCUUGCUGGCGCAAGUUCAGGAGCGCAUGAAAGCUCCCAACACUAUGGGCGGACCCAUAUUGCUAAAGCAACUGGCUGAAGCCUGGGCAGCGAUCUCCAAGCUUGAGAAGGCUUAUCAGGAGAUCCAAGAUCGAGCUCGGAGUGCUGCAGGCCUUGUUACUGCCUUUGCAGACCGACUCGCGGCCGACGCCAGGCGAGAGACCUUUGUUGGGCUGCGCCAGGGCUUGGCCGCUGUGCUUUGUGACCGAAAGCUUUGCAGCAGCCUGGAAGACCUCGGAGCCGAGCUACCGCCCCUGGAGUCCAAAAGCCAAUCAGAGGCACGGGCUGAACGGGUGCCACGCCUGGGCUAUGAGGAGGGCGCAAGAGAGUUGAGCAAGAAGGAUGCAUGCUGGCAAUGCUUGGAGCGUGGCGAGGAAGCGCAGGCCAUGCUUUUGGUGGAAGAGGCUUUGAAAAGCGGCCGCGACGGCAGGAAAGGUCGCAGCGUCUUCUUGCUUUCAAUACUGCAUGGGCUUCCAGCAGUAGCACUUCGAAUCUGGGAGCUGUUCCCCCCCGACGGUGGAUGCCGAGGUGUGGACACAAGCGAGACGACAACUUCAGGAGACACGUUGAUGCACGUCAUCUGCAGGGCAAAGAAGUUCGACAGUCUGCAUGCAGAGUUGGUGUCAAAGCUCUUGAGUUCAACUAGCGGUGCGCCAAUCAAUUGUCAGAAGAAUGAUGCAGGUCAGAUGUUCCUGCAUGUUGCAGCAGCACGCCUGAAUUGCAGAGUGCUGGCACAAUGCUUGACGAUCGUCCCGGGCUUGGUUACUCGAAUCGUUGAGCCGGAUUCUUCAGGCCAGACUCCGCUGUUCAUACUGGCACGGCACCUCCAAAGUUUGGGUGGGGUCCACACAGUCCCCACGGCACCAUCGCGCGACGAAGUUCGAGCAGCAUCCAAGCCCGUGGGCGGUGCAGAGGUGUCACUGGAAGUCGAGGACGAGGUGUCUGGCAAGCUCGUGCGCAUCAAAUGCACUGCCUCCAUCUUGAAGGGCAGCACCUGGGCUACCGACCUGCGAGACGGUAGCUGCCUCAAGGUGGACCCUGCCUGCUGCCGAAGUGCCUCUGCGGUGAGGGCUGCAGUGUUAUUUCUUGAUGGACAGCCACUAUCACUUUCGGACGGGCGCACGCUGUGGCAGCUUUUGAGUUUCACGGUCCAGUACCGACUUCCCGGUGACUUGCGACGUGCUUCUAUCUCCGGUUUGUUGCAGAGCCUGGAAGAUCCAAUCAAUGCGCCCGUUUUGCCUAUGCUGAUCCGCGGUGCGCUCGCAGCAGGGCUUAAUGUGGAACAGCGUCGGUAUGUCUUGUUUAAGAUGCUCACUACGCCCGACGCUUUGGUUUCAGCAGGACAUUCCGAUGACGGCCUCCAAAGGCAGGCGAAGGUAGUGCAGGCAGUGCUUGCCGAGAUGGAGCACCAGAUCCGGCACAUGAAAUCAAGAUCCGACAAGGCUCAUCAUCCGGACGCAGGCUUGGGAGGUGUCGAAGCGAGCACAAGGCGCACGCCAAGAGCCCUCGACGUCCCCUUGCGUGGCCCAGAGAUGAGGCAAGGAAUUUCAAGGCUGCAGCCUGGAUGA